AUGCAGAGAAGCUCGGAACCUUGCGAUAUGGAGAAGACCCCGCCUGUUACAGGCAAGCGCCGGGGUGGCAGUCGGAAAGCCUGUAAUGAAUGUAAGCAGCAAAAGCUGAGAUGUGAUAUUGUUCAAACGCCCGCUGCGGCCUGUUCGCGUUGUCGCAGGCUUGGGAUUGACUGUAAAGUGGAACAGUCCUUCAAACGCAUUUCCAAGAGAAGGCGCAAUGCUGAAAUGGAAAAGGAGAUUGCAGAUCUCCGCCGCCGCCUGGGGCCCAAUUCAGAUCAUGAGCAAGGUGUAGAGUCCCAUGAAUCUCAUGGAGGUGAUGAAAUGUCCCAUUGCUCAGAGGAUGUCUUUGCUCGCCGUGACUCGGCCGCGAUUGACCAAUCUCGACAUGUUUCGGUGCCGGUUGAAGCUUCAACCCACUCAUCUAUAGCAACCCCUUUGGCUAUGAAAAGGGACGGCUCUAUUAUAUCACAGGACGAGGGUCAAUGGAGACUGGAAGAUAUUUGUCUCUCUAGAGCCCGAGUUCUCCGGCUAUACUUCACCUAUUAUCACCCCUUUCUUCCCCUUUUGAAUCCACCCAAGCCCCCGGAGGUGUAUCUCCACCGAUGCCCACUUUUGGCCUGGACUAUGAUCUGUGUCGCGUGUCGACGGUCUCAAUAUGAGCCUGGGCUCUUGAGCGCACUGUCCGGACCCUUUAGCAGGCUGCUUUGGUCAACCAUUACCAGUGUCCCCCAGGACUACCGGGUGGUGAAGGCCCUUUGUGUUCUGUGUACAUGGCCUCUUCCAACUACAAGCCAGCGCACCGACGCAACUUUCAUGCUCAGUGGCUUGAUGAUGCAGAUCGCUAUGCAGCUUGGGCUGCACCGUCCGGUUCAAGCGGAAGAGUUCACAACAUUCCGCAUGGAAGUUCAAGGCGAAGCUUUAAAGGAUCGACUACAUACGUGGGUCAUUUGCAACAUCGUGGCUCAAAAUGUUGCGACUGGUUACGGCCAGCCACCAAGCACAAUAUACGAUUGGGCCCUUGAGCCUGCCUCUUUGAAAGAUGCCGACUACCGGCUUCCCGAUGACCUGGCCAUUCGGUUGCGUAUCGAAAAAUUCUGCGACCGGGUGACCAAGGCAUUAUACAGUAGUAAACCCGAGUCUACGGACUUUGUCAGUGCCGACAAGCUCGUGGUAGUGCAGGUUUUGGAAAGUGAAAUCAGAGACAUGGAUGUCGAGUUUGAUGGGAAAAUCUCCGCAAUCAACACGAUCCAUCUCCGUGCUGCCGAAUUGCACUUCCGAUACUUCACAUUUUUGGGGUCCACUGCACGAAGCGACGAUCUGAUCAAACUUUUCCUUGCAACAACCUCCUUCCUUGGUCGAGUACUAGAUCUCGAAACUUCGCCAGGUGAAUUGAUCGGCCACUCCACCAACUAUAUUCUUCAAAUGAUUGUGUCGGCCGCCUUCGCUCUCAUGAAGUUGUUGAAGAGCAGCUUCAGCCGACACCUUGAUUUCAACCAUGGCAAGCUACUGUUCAACGGUGCGAUCUCAGCAAUUCGCCGAAUCAGUGUCAUGGAUCAUGACCGUCCCAUUCGUCUUGCAGACAUCCUUGCUCAGAUGUGGAAUGCCACGAGUCUAGAGCCUGCCGAAGAAGAUGCCCUACAGCUUAAAGUCCGCUGCCGCAUGAGCAUGAGCCAUGUCUACGACACAGUUUGGCGCUGGCGACAACGGUUCCGACCGGUCAAAAGCCUCGAGGAAAUGCAAGCCGCUGCCAUAGCAGCGAACCAAGAUAUACUAGGCUCGACAGGACACAUGACGCGGCAACAGCAAGAUAGCUCCCUGGAGGACCAAUCAUUAAUGAUGCCCGCUCAGUUUGAUGAAGGCGGAGCAUUUUUCAGUGAAUCUGGCUUCUCAGAGGUCUUUGAUUCCCUCAAUUGGGUUUUUGACGGCAUUCCUGACUCUUUCGUUGCACCUCCGGUUUUAUAG